UAGAGCUUUUGCUAAUUUUUGAAUUUAUUUGUGGAUUAGCACUUGCUAAAGUUAGAAGCACUAACUGAGGUCUAAAUGUUAUUGAUGAACGUUAUGUUAACAGCUGAUGGUGAAAGCUGUCACAUUUUGUUCAUAUGUGUGUCACUGAUCCACUGUGACAAUAUAUUUACAAUAUAUGAACUCAAAUACAGCUGUGAAAUAUCAAUGAUAAGAAUUAAGAGAGAAACAUGACAAUAUUGUGUGUGUGACUCAUGUUUUCUGUUGAAGAAUGUUCAUUGGUUGACUGGGUUAUUUUAGUGCUUUAAGAGUUAGGGGACCUAAAUAUUUGAGUUAGGGAUAGAGCAUAAGUGCAAAUAUUUUGUGCUUUUACCUUGAAAUCUAAUAAAACUUGGAGGAAAAAAGGCAAAGUGCAACUUUAGGUGGAUCAAAACAAAUUGAUCUGCCGGGGGUGAUUUGUAUCAGAACGUUCUGUUUGACAAUUUAAAAGAUUUGCUUUGGAUCUGGACAGGAGUCAACGUAUCAAGUUGUAUACUCAGUAUUACAGAAGCAUUUAUUGAACCUGAUGAUUUUUCUGCUGUUAUGUCCUUCCUGUGAAUAUUGACAAAAUCUAAAUCCUGUUUAAAGAAAUUUCUCUCAAUGAGAAAAGUCCUAGUUAAAUUGUGUUUACGUGCAUUUUGUUGCAGGAAUACAUGCACUGUAACAUUUGUUUGGGUUGCGUUUUGCUCCGUUUGCAUUCGAAAGAUGGAAAGCUGUGAGGAUUACAGAUUAUGACAGAUUAAAUCAAUGUGUGAUUUAUGAUAGGGUUUAUAUUGGACUAGUUUCUGGGUUAAUCAUACUGUUUCUGCACAUAUUAGAGUUUAAUGUUUUAACAAGGAUGUGUUUAAAUUCCAGGGUGAAGAGCCUUCCCUGCUUAUUUAAAUAUGUCCAGCCCGUCUGGUCUCUGUCCUUUGUCUUAUAUUGUCAGACUGCUGCCAUCUGCUCUGCUUAUUGUGUUAUUAUUAUUAUAAACUGCUUUGGAUUAAAGCAGCUUUAGCUCUGCUGCUUCCCUUCGCCUGUAUUUACUCUGUAAACAAACUACAGWGACUCCUCUGGACUCUAACGUGGACGUAUUUUGUGGCAUUUUCAGUAAACAUUUUUACGGUAACGGUGUUGGGUUCCCUGGUGACGUCACUGUCCCAGUGAUGUGUCCCCCCUCCUCCGGCAGGGCUGUGGAAACACAUCAAACGGGAUGCUUGGCACUUUGACUUCGGGUUGUUAUGAAAACAGCUCCAGCUCGGAGCUCUGGUCCGAACGUGAAGGUGUGUACCCGGACGAUGCGGCGGAGGGUGACCGUGCUGCAGAGAGCCGACGAUGGGAACGUGGACUCCGGAGCAGAAACAGCAGARUCUGACAGGAGCAACAGGUCGUCUGCCAUGGAGCGCGUGGCCCGACAGCAGCUCCAGCAGAUGAACCUGCAUCUCCUUGCCAACCCUGGAGACUCUCUGCUGCUGCAGCAGACCCUGGACCACCUGCUACACUGGCUGUGCCCCAGCCUCUGCAUUUUCCACGUGUCAGAGAGGGCCUCCCCUGUCAGAGCCCACACCCACCUGUGUCUCGUGUCAGGCUACCCGUCUUUGGCCAUCACUUUCUUCCUCCACGAGGCGUAUGGUGAGGAACGGAUCCUCAAAGUGCUGGACUUCUUCCAGCGGCCGCCCUGGCAGUACCAUCACACGGAGAACUGUGGCGGCCRGACCGGAGGGGUCCACAUCACGUCCAGCGGUCUGUCCUCCGACCCCCUGCUGCGGCCCUACCUCCUGCCAAGCAGGGACUUCUACAGCCUGGGUGUGGGGAUGCCUGUGUGGGGGGUGCGGCCCGUGCACUGCGGGGGAGAAACGCUGCGCGUGACUCUGUUCAGCAGCUACGACAACUACGAGGAUGCCGUGCGGCUCUAUGAGACCGUGCUGCAGCGGCAKGCGGAGCAGCAGAAGAUGGGAUUCUGCUGGUUCACCGUCCACACGGAGCCAGGUCUGUGCCUUCAGCUGGCUUUGAAGCAGCUGCCUCCAGGGGUCCGUGUGGAGCCAUGCAGCUCUGCUGUGCUACAGUUCAGUGUGGAAGAAAUUGGCCAGCUAGUCCCACUGUUGCCCAACCCCUGCAMCCCCAUCAGCACCACACGCUGGCAGACAGAGGACCUGGAUGGUAACAAAGUUCUCUUUCAGGUGAAAACCYCACUCCAGCCUCAGCGACCCCUAACCUGUGCUUUCCCCCCGACCUGCCUGAACGUGUCCCCUCGCUCCGGACAGAACCACAGCCUGUCCUGGCAGUCCCACAGGCAAGGAGGCAGACCGCGCAGCGAGCCCCUCCUGGAGAAGCUUUAUGCAGGAGGUGGAGGAGCAGAGAGCCUGGGCUCAGGGAGCUGCUGCAGCACUCCUCCUGGAAGCUCCUGCUACUCGUCUCAGCGCAGCAGCCCAGCUCAGCUCUCGUCCUCCGCYCACCCCGACUCUCCCCUCCGCCCGUCCAUCACCCGCUCUCUCUCCCGCCUCCUCCUGGAGGAGGACAAAGAGGAGUCGGAGACCAACGUGGACACGGGAGUCGCCGUCUCUCCUCUCUCGGAUGACGCAGUGAAAGUGGCUGCCCGUUCCUCCUCCGUCCACCUUUUGACAUCCGUUCCCUCCCAGAGACCUGCAGCUGUUGGAGCUUCAUCGGUUGAGAACUUGGCCGAAGAGCUGRUUGAACGUUUGCCCCGGACUCACAUGAGACCCCAGAAGCCCGCUGGGAUGAGGGCUUCCGGUGUUUAUGAGGAGGCAGCCUCAGAGAGCAGGACUACUGCUGAGCUGCAGACACCUCGCACCAACAAUCAGGAGCCACUCCACGAGUUCUUCAUCUGACUUCCUGCCUCCAUGACGCAGGCUGUGAUGAUAAUCAGAGGCUGCAGCAGAACCUGAAAACACUUGUUCCCUUAUGUUCCACAACAUAAUAAUAAUUAGCCUGCUUAAAACCAGACCCUUGUCCUUCGGGAAACUAGAAUUGAGCGGAACUGCGUAGGAAGGCAAGGGUCAGGCUAAAUAAUAAUGGUCCAGUCCAAAAACCCAAACGAGAYUAUGUCAAGAUGAGUAAUAUUACAGAGUAAAGCUUGUUUUAUAUUUAGAUUUGCUGUAAUACAGUGUAGUCAGAGAAAAAAAUAUUUGUUAAACUGAUGCAGUUUAGGAGUAUAGUUUUUGUUUUUUUACUCAGCUAGGGUUUUAACUAAGUGGAAAACCCUGAAGUAACUUCAGCAGCCAGAAUAAAUAGUUUCAAUUAUUUAAAAUGUUCACAUGUGUUUAAAAGCUUUUAAGCAUAGAUAACACUGGGUCAUUAUGAAAGGAAAGAUUUUUGUUUGUUUUUCUGCUCAUGUUGAAAAUCAUGUAAACACAAAGCAAUCAUGUUUUAAUUAUUUUCUAACCAACUCUUAAAAUUAUGCAAAAUAAAAAAAAUCCUUGUAAAUUAAUGCUGUUUUUAUAUUAAAUGUUUGGAACAUUUUUAGUUUCAGUGA